GCUCCCUGCCCAGCGCCCGGCGCCCCCCUUUUGUCUCCCCUCCCUUCCCUCCGCUCGCGUCGCCUUCUGCGCCCCCUCCCCGCGCCCGUCCCGCCGCCCAACUUUUCCGCCAACUCGCGCUGGGGAGCUGGCGAGGCGGCAGCGGCGGCUCCGCGAGUCAGCGUGCAAAGGAGGACCAAGCCCACGGCGGAGUCUCCAUGGAGGUGUGGAGCCUGGUCACCAACCUCUAACCGCAGAACUGGGAUGUGGAGCCGGAAGUGUCUCCUCUUCUGGGCCGUGCUGGUCACAGCCACGCUCUGCACUGCCAGGCCGGCCCCGACCUUGCCGGAGCAAGCCCAGCCCUGGGGAGCCCCCGUGGAAGUGGAGUCCCUCCUGGUCCACCCCGGUGACCUGCUGCAGCUCCGCUGCCGGCUGCGGGACGAUGUUCAGAGCAUCAACUGGCUGCGGGACGGGGUGCAGCUGGCGGACAGCAACCGCACGCGCAUCACCGGGGAGGAGGUGGAGGUUCGGGGCUCCGUGCCCGCCGACUCAGGCCUCUACGCCUGCGUGACCAGCAGCCCCUCCGGCAGCGACACCACCUACUUCUCCGUCAACGUCUCAGAUGCGCUCCCCUCGUCAGAGGACGACGAUGACGACGAUGACUCCUCUUCGGAGGAGAAGGAAACAGAUAACACCAAACCAAACCGUAUGCCCGUGGCUCCGUACUGGACGUCGCCAGAAAAGAUGGAAAAGAAACUGCAUGCGGUGCCAGCUGCCAAGACAGUGAAGUUCAAAUGCCCUUCCAGUGGGACCCCGAACCCCACGCUGCGCUGGCUGAAAAACGGCAAAGAAUUCAAGCCUGACCACAGGAUUGGAGGCUACAAGGUCCGUUAUGCCACCUGGAGCAUCAUUAUGGACUCCGUGGUGCCUUCGGAUAAGGGCAACUACACCUGCAUCGUGGAGAACGAAUACGGCAGCAUCAACCAUACCUACCAGCUCGAUGUCGUGGAGCGGUCCCCUCACCGGCCCAUCCUACAGGCGGGCUUGCCGGCCAACAAGACAGUGGCCCUGGGCAGCAACGUGGAGUUCAUGUGCAAGGUGUACAGCGACCCGCAACCCCACAUCCAGUGGCUGAAGCACAUCGAGGUGAACGGGAGUAAGAUUGGGCCGGACAACCUGCCUUAUGUCCAGAUCUUGAAGACGGCUGGAGUUAACACCACCGACAAAGAGAUGGAGGUGCUGCACUUAAGGAAUGUCUCCUUUGAGGACGCGGGGGAGUAUACAUGCUUGGCGGGUAACUCUAUCGGACUCUCCCAUCACUCUGCAUGGCUGACCGUUCUGGAAGCCCUGGAAGAGAGACCGGCGGUGAUGACCUCGCCGCUGUACCUGGAGAUCAUCAUCUAUUGCACGGGGGCCUUCCUUAUCUCCUGCAUGGUGGGGUCUGUCAUCAUCUACAAGAUGAAGAGCGGCACGAAGAAGAGUGACUUCCACAGCCAGAUGGCCGUGCAUAAGCUGGCCAAGAGCAUCCCUCUGCGCAGACAGGUGUCGGCCGACUCCAGCGCGUCCAUGAACUCCGGGGUCCUGCUGGUUCGACCCUCGCGUCUCUCCUCCAGCGGCACCCCCAUGCUGGCCGGGGUCUCUGAAUACGAGCUUCCCGAAGACCCUCGCUGGGAGCUGCCUCGGGACAGACUGGUUUUAGGCAAGCCCCUGGGAGAGGGCUGCUUUGGGCAGGUGGUGUUGGCAGAGGCCAUCGGGCUGGACAAGGACAAACCCAACCGUGUGACCAAAGUGGCCGUGAAGAUGCUGAAGUCGGAUGCAACAGAGAAAGACCUGUCGGACCUGAUCUCCGAGAUGGAGAUGAUGAAGAUGAUUGGAAAACACAAGAACAUCAUCAACCUGCUGGGGGCCUGCACGCAGGACGGUCCCCUGUAUGUCAUCGUGGAGUACGCCUCCAAAGGCAACCUCCGGGAGUACCUGCAGGCCCGGAGGCCACCGGGGCUGGAGUACUGCUACAACCCCAGCCACCACCCCGAGGAGCAGCUCUCCUCCAAGGACCUGGUAUCCUGCGCCUACCAGGUGGCCCGAGGCAUGGAGUAUCUUGCCUCCAAGAAGUGCAUCCACCGGGACCUGGCCGCCAGGAACGUCCUGGUAACGGAGGACAACGUAAUGAAGAUCGCGGACUUCGGUCUUGCUCGAGACAUCCACCACAUCGACUACUAUAAAAAGACAACCAACGGCCGACUGCCCGUCAAGUGGAUGGCACCGGAGGCCUUGUUUGACCGGAUCUACACCCACCAGAGCGACGUGUGGUCUUUUGGGGUACUCCUCUGGGAAAUCUUCACUCUGGGCGGCUCCCCGUACCCUGGGGUCCCCGUGGAGGAGCUUUUCAAGCUGCUGAAGGAGGGACAUCGUAUGGACAAGCCCAGUAACUGCACCAACGAGCUCUACAUGAUGAUGAGAGACUGCUGGCACGCGGUCCCCUCACAAAGACCCACCUUCAAGCAGCUGGUGGAAGACCUGGACCGCAUCGUCGCCUUGACCUCCAACCAGGAGUACCUGGACCUGUCAAUGCCCCUGGACCAAUACUCCCCCAGCUUCCCCGACACCCGCAGCUCCACCUGCUCCUCCGGAGAGGAUUCCGUUUUCUCUCACGAGCCCUUGCCCGAGGAACCCUGCCUGCCCCGACACCCGGCCCAGCUGGCCAACGGCGGACUCAAACGGCGCUGACUGGCCCCCACACCCUGCACCCCUCCCCGGACUCCAUCCUCAGCUGUGGCCCCGCCCCUCCUCCCGCUGGACUCGCUGCCUCCCCUGUGCUCUGCCGGCCGGCCUCCUUGAGGCCCGCACCCCCGAGCUCCCCUCCUCUCCUCCUCACAGCCUGACACAGAGGAGCAGGAAGGCCGGUCCUUGCUGACGGCUACCACGUGGCCUGCCAAACGUUGGACCAAGACCCCCUCCCUGCCGUCUGGAGGGUCGGGCAGUGGGGGCCGAGCCGCCCUCGAGCGAGAGCCGACUGAGUUUUCCUGCAUUGGUUUCGCUUCCUCUGCACAGCCCAUGUGCCCGUGUUCUGGUGGCAGGUCCUCGGGCUACAGUGGGAGUUGGGUAUGGGGGUGGUCAGCGUUCAGGCCUCCGCAGAAGGCGACCUCUGGUCCGACGGAUAGUGCCAGUGGCUUAUUGAUUCCGGUACUAAUUUGCUUUGCUGACCAAAUAUCUGGUACCCAAGGGUGGGGACACAGAGGCCGGGAGCCGGCGGCGUGGCCCUGGGGCCCAGCCCCAAAGCAGGGGCUCUGUACAUAGCUACGAAGAAAACACAAAGUGUAUAAAUCUGAGUAUAUAUUUACAUGUCUUUUUAAAAGGGUCGUUACCAGAGAUUUACCCAUUGGGUAAGAUGCUCCUGGUGGUUGGGAGGCAUCAGUUGCUAUAUAUUAAAAACAAAGAAAAAAGAAAAAAAAAGGAAAAUGUUUUUAAAAAGGUCAUAUAUUUUUUGCUACUUUUGCUGUUUUAUUUUUUUAAAUUAUGUUCUAAACCUAUUUUCAGUUUAGGUCCCUCAAUAAAAAUUGCUGCUGCUUCA